AUGGCGUCUCCUAAGGCAGAGGAGGUGACCGUCUCGGACGGCAUGCUGGCCAACCUUGAGCGCGACUUCAACGAGGCGAUGCGUGCUCUUGAGGGGCACGAGAACUUUAACCGCUUUCGUGCUGAGUACGAGAAGCUACAUCGUGCACUCAAGAAGAGUCACGAGUCGGAGAAGCGACUGGUACGGCAUUGUCAGCAGCUGACGCAUGAGCUUAUGAGCAACGCUGCGAAGAUGCAGGCAGCGGUGAAGCUGUCGCAGGGCGACCACAGCACUAUCGAGGCCCUCAAGAAGGAGAUUGAGAAGGCAUGGCGCAUGGUGGACGCCGCCAACGAGAAGGACGCACGUGCGAAGGACACGAUAAAGAAGCUGCGGGAAGAGAUUGCCUCGCUGCAGGAGAUGAUAGAAAACGGUACCACCCUCACCUCCACACAGACAGCAACGCUGGAGGAAUUGAAGCUAGAGAAGAAGCGGAUACAGAUGGAAUACGAUGAGCUGGUGAAGCAAAUGGAGAACCUCACGCGGGAAAUAAAUGAUGUGAGCGGUAAGAAAAAGGAGACGGAGACGGAGAUGAUGGAACACCAGGAGGAGCUGCGCCGUCUUUCUGACCGCGAGCAGACAGUACAGCAGGAGUACGAUAAGGAGGCGAAGGCACGCGAACGGGCUGACGUGCAGUUGCGGGAGCUGCUCCUGCUCGUGCAGCAACGCGGCAAAGAGCUCAAGGCGUAUGAGCAGCUGGAGGAGGGCCUGAGCUCUGGGGUGAACGCGCUGCGGGCGCAGCUGCAGGAGGAUCAGGCCAAGCGGCAAUCGCUGCUUCAGAAGCUUGAUACAGCGGAGAAGCAGCUGUAUCACACGCAGCAGUCGUAUGAUGAUGCACUUGACACAACAGAGGCACUGAAUGAACGUCACCGUGAGGUUCUUAAGGAGAUUGCGGAGGCGGAGAAGAAGGCAGUAGAGCUCCGAGCGGAGGAGCAGCGUACACAUCGUGUGCGGGAUAACGAUUUCAAGGAGCUGCGACGCCUCUUGCAGCAGAACGAUGACAUUCGAAAGGAACAGGAGAACCUGAGACACCAGAAGACGAACAUCGGGAAACGUAUCGAUGCAGCGCGGAGGGAAAAGGAGAACCUGCGACGCUCGUACGAGAUGCUGCUGAAAGAGCAGGAGACACUGAAGAAGCAGAGUGAGCGGGAGAGGGAGAAGAUUCAGAUAAUUGAGGGUAUCAUUGCGAGCGAGGUGGAGAGCCAGCAGGAGCUUGAGACCGCCAUUGAACGGGAGAGGGAGGUCAAUGCGAGGCUGCGUCAGACGGUGGCACGGCUGGAGAGUGAGCGGGAGAAAUACGUGCACGAGGUGUCGCAGGUGACGCUGCAGCAAACCACAGCGCAGGAGGAGCUGAAGCUCGUCACCAUCAAGUGCGAGGAGACGCAGAAGUUAAUAGAGGAAUGCGAACAGAAGUUGAAGAAGCAGCAGAGCAUUUACGAGCAGGUUCGGACGGAGCGAAACCUCUACUCGAAGAAGCUCAUAGAGUCUCAAGAUGAAGUAGUGGAACUGCGGCAGAACUUCCGCAUGAUGGACCACCAGAUCCGCCAGCUGAAGGACGAACUCUCGAUGAAGGAGAAGAAGUUACAGGAGGAGACAAGUGGACAGAAGAUGGCAAAGGACAAGCUUACAAAGGUGCGCAAACUCGUUAACGAUCGCACCGCCCUCCUUGACGACACCAACCGGGCAUGUGAAAACAUCAGCCAGCAGAUAAAGCAGCUCGUGAAGGUCAUCAACCAAUGUGAUAGGGAACUCAGCCAGCAGCAGCAGCAGUUCCUGAAGGUGAGUGUCGAACGGGAUCACCUGGGUGUGCAGCUCAUACGACGCAAUGACGAGUUGGCGCUCUUGUACGAGAAGGUGCGGGCGCAGCAGGAGAUGCUGAGUCAGGGCGAGGCCGCGUACCGUGCACGGCAGGAGGACAUGCGCCUCCUGCGACUAAAGAUCGAGGACCUGAAGCGGCAGUCCAUGAUAGCCCAUACACGAGCGCGGCACACGGAGAAGUUGAAGGAGGACCUCAAGCAGCUGCAGUACGACUUGACAGUGGAGCGCGCCAAGGUGCAGGCCCUUACCGAGGAGGCGGAGAACCCGAAGAACGCGCUGCGCUGGGAAAAGGCGGAGGGCCGCGACCCCACACCGGAGGAGCUUGGGCGCAAGAUCACGCGUCUGCAACGGCGCCUCAUCACAAAAUCAGAGGAAUGUGUGGAGAAGGACAUGGAGCUGCAGGAGAAGCAGCGACUCGUGACGGAGCUGCAGAACAUCCUUGCACGACAGCCGGGGCUGGAGGUGGUGCAGCGGCUGAAUGUAUGCCAUAAGGACCUGCAGCACGAGAACGCUGUGAUGAAGCAGAAGGCGUCGGAGCUCAACAUGACGUCAACACACAUAUCGGAGCUGAAGUACGAGGCGGAGCGGUUGCGGCGUGAGCUGCACGAGACAAAGCGCAAGUACUACGAAAUGCGGAUGAGUAACGACGAGCUCUCACGGUCUCUCUUCGGUGACAGAGAGCAGCCCGGCUCCCUGAAGGGAUAA